AUGUGGCCUAAAAGUGACUGCCCAUUCACUUUACUUCCACCAAAACAUAAGACACAGGUUGGGAGGCCUAAGAAGAAGAGAAGAAGGGGUGUUGAUGAGCCAAACAGCCAAGCUGUUACAAUGGCGACCCUCUCCUCCAAUCGAUUCUUUGAUCUUAUCAAACCUGGAAUCACCACCAAUGCCCUAGCACACAUAGGGGGAUCAGACCAUCGAAUGAAACCACAUCUUUUACAGUUCCAAAAUUGCCUUCCAGGGUUACGAUCCGUCCAUGAAGUGAUCUUCGUUGCUUCAUUCCCACAUCUGCAAGUCACCAUCUUUGAAUCAGAAGCGAUUGGAUGUCGUGAAGGGUGCAACUGUCGAGCAACAGUGGAAAGGAGGAGAGAUGAUCGACUGAUGAAGCUAAAGGAUUUGCCCAAAAAUCGGACAUGCAAUUUCUUUUAA